AUGGGAAAGAGCUGUAAGGUUGUGGUUUGUGGCUUGUUAUCUGUGGGGAAAACGGCAAUUUUGGAGCAGCUCCUUUAUGGGAAUCAUGCUAUUGGAAUGGAGGACUGUGCAACAAUGGAAGAUGUGUAUAUGGCAGCAGUGGAAACAGAUCGGGGAGUCAAGGAACAGUUACAUCUUUACGACACCAGAGGCCUACAGGAAGGCGUGGAGCUGCCAAAGCAUUAUUUUUCAUUUGCUGAUGGCUUUGUUCUUGUGUACAGUGUGAAUAACCUUGAAUCCUUUCAAAGAGUGGAGCUUCUGAAGGAAGAAAUUGAUAAGUUCAAAGACAAAAAAGAGGUGGCCAUUGUCGUGUUAGGAAACAAAACUGACCUUUCUGAGCAGAGACAAGUGGACGCCGAAGUGGCACAGCGGUGGGCCAGGAGCGAGAAGGUGCAUCUGUGGGAGGUGACGGUCACAGACCGCAAGACCCUGAUCGAGCCCUUCACCCUGCUAGCCCGCAAACUCUCCCAGCCCCAGAGCAAAGCGAGCUUCCCUCUGCCUGGGAGGAGAAGCAAAGGCAACUCCAGCUCUGAGAACUAAACCCUAGGGUGCACAACUGUCCCUUGAACGGUGACUGCCUCGAGGU